CACUGCAAAAACACAAGAGAGCAAUGAUGAAAUACGAAGGUUUAGUUAUCCUUGUCUUGUGUCUGCUUGUGCUGUGUGAAGCCUCACCUUCCCGACAGCGUGACGAAUUGUCGAAAAGAAGUGAAGAUAACUGGAUAAGAUUUACAAACUGCAGAGAAAAUCGUGGAGGCUGGUGUGAGUGCCAGACGUGUGGUUGUGUAGCCAAAAGAAAGAGAGAUGCUCAACGGAACAGAAAAGGAAGGAUCUUCAGGUUCUCAGACUGUGACGAGUUCCCAAAAGGCCCUGAGCAAGAACGCUAUGGAGCAAUGCAUUGCUCAUGUUACGGCCAUUGCCGUUGUGUGGCAUAAAAAGAUAUUUGGUUGGCCAUGGCCUACAAAAGAAAUAUGGAGGGUUAUGAAUGACAAACUACACUGACAUUAUAUUCAAUUAUUUGAUUUUCAUGAAUAUGAACAGAAAAU